GUCGGCUUCUGAUUUAACGACUUCCGUUUUACAAUAGAUACUCGCUUCUAUUCAACGACUACAAUUAAGAAUCUUGCAGCAAACAUUAUACUAGAACAACACUUUCGCGUUCCAUUCGACUGUACAUACGACCAACAUAUUCGUUGCACCAGCCGAGCCCUAUCUCUGGACAGCCAUCCCUCAUUGACAACAAAUCCUCCAAUCCGCUCGCAAAAGGAAAAUGCACUUCACAUCAAUCCUGGCUGUAAUCACAGCCUCAGCAAUCAGCCAUGCCCUCGCCGCACCUGUAGCAAACGCAGACGCAGACGCAAACCCCAUCUCCACACUCAUAACCCGCACCGACGACGCCAAGUCAGCCGUCAACCAAGCAGCCCAGCAAGCCGAUCUCCGCGACCAAGCACAAGAAACCUGGGCCAAAUUCUUCUGCGUACCCACCUGGCCCUACUACUGCACCAAAGAAACCUACAGUGUCAGCACCCCCAACCCGCCUUCGAACAACAAGCACGGCUACGGAGUCCAAGUCGAAGCCGACGGCACCACGGUUUUCAAUUAUGGGAAUUCGCAGUUGGGGUUUCAUAGGGAUGGGAGUGUGUUUUAUAAAGAUACGGAUGGGAAGAAUUGUGAUGUGACGAAUAAGGGGGGGCCGAAGGGGGAUGGGUGUGCGCAGUAUUUGUAUCUGACUGGGGGUGGGGGGCCGGUGUUUCCGGGGACGGUGGAUCAGUGUGUGUUUUUUGGGGUGAAUUGUAUGUAGUAUGUAGUGUAGAUUGGGUGGCGGGGAAAGCAGUAGGGGAAGGGGGUUGCAUUGCGUUGCUUUUGGUGGUUGGUUGGUAUACCUGUUGGUCUUCGUCGAGUAUAUACAUAUCUUCUUUCAAGAAAAGAACGCGGAUGGUUCUUCUGUUCCUGACGAUG